AUGGACGAGCAGGCCUCUGACCAACCGCAUGACCCCGUCGAGGUUCGUGCCGUCCAUCACGAGCCGAGCAUUCCUCGCCCAAGCCCAAGCCCAAGCCCGACCUCUCGCCCGUCCCCGCUCCAGUGCUGCUGUGGCCGCCUGGAUUGCGCAUACCUCAGACACAACAAUGCUGCCCUGGAGGAGCUCGAGAGAGAUCUAGCCACCGCCGCCCGGCUCGGUCAGGCUCUGCUUCACCGUCAUGAGUCCUACGUCGCCGAGGCUCAAGAGGACCGUUCUCGCCUGCUGGCCGCCAUGGAGAAACUCGAACAGGACAAGCGCGAGAUGCAGGCCACCAACGCCCGCCUCGUCGAGGAGAAUCGCAACCUGCAGGAACAGCUGGAGGCUCUGAACAAGGAGGUGGCCUCGUCCGACACCCAGAUCAAGUCCCUGACGCACAAGCUCGAACAGACCCAUGAGGAAAUGCGAGAGCUGGCCGUCGCCGCUUCGCGCGCGUCCGAACUGGAAGCCCAGCUGAGCGCCAUGGAGGCGGAGCAGCUGAAACUGCAGCAGGAGCUGAUUCUCACCCAGGAGGACGAGAAGUCGGCCGUGCAGCGGUGGAAGAAGGCCGAAUCCGCGCUGAGGGAUCUCCAGGACCAGCUGGACCGACUGGAGCAGGAGGCUCGCCAGGAGAGGGAGCAACAUGCCGAGAUGAUCAAACGCAUGGAGCGGAGGAGAGCCGUGGAGCGCGAGCUGGAUGGGGCCGCUGGUCGGCUCAAGGGCGCAGCAGCCGCGGCAGCCAUCGACCGGAAUCAAAACGGAACCAGUGUGGUGUCCAAGUUUGUGCGCGACAUCCUGCAGGACAAUGCGAACCUGCAGAUGGGUAUCGUCGAGCUGAGAGAGAUGCUCGAGAGCUCGAACCGGGAGGUCGAGAACCUCCGGGAGCAGAUUUUACUGCACCAGCCUCUGGCGACAGAAUCGUCCGGGCAGCAGCAACGCACCACCCGUUUGGAUGAAGAACUAGAAUCGAAAGAGCCGCGCCGGAUCUCCCAGGAAUUCCAUUUCCACCAUCAUUACCACUCGUCGUCAUCGUCUAUCGGCUCAAGGAGGAGCCACAUCAGUCGUCGCCCCAAGAAGAAAAGGACCGUUUUCAGCAAUGCGACGUCAGGACCGCACACGCCCAGAGCGUCGCUCCAUCGUUCGCAGCUGUCGUCGUCGUCGACCUCGACCAUCAUGUCUCAGACCUCCGCCACCAUACCGUCGCCGCCGCCGCGGCGUUAUUCGUUACAAUCUCCCGGCGGUUCUUCUUCCUUGGCCAGCUCGCCCCAAUCAGCGUACCGGCCGUCGUCCAUUUUCGAUGUCAUGGACCAUGGUUUUGAGUCCUCGCGGCCGACGAGUCCGGAGAGCGUUGGAUUCGCUUCUCCCAAGAUGAUUCCCCGACGCCAGAAACGUUUCUCCGAUACGUCUGUCCGCUCCAGCUCUGGCCCCGCAGGGUUUCUGAGUUCGUCGUUCGAUGAUGAUGGUGCUGAACAAGCUGUGCCUCGUGAGGAGGAUGAGGAUGCAGAUGCGACAGAGCAUGGUGCUGGUAUGGGGGAAGACGUGAGGCUUCCUCCUGCUAUACCUGAGGAACAGGAAGAUGCUCCAAGUACUCGUGGCACGGAGUCGGACGCCGAAGCAGAAGCAGACGCAGACGCAGCCUCAAAAGCAGCCUCAGAGGUGUCACCACGCCAUCACACGGACGACGACGAGUUUUCGUCGCUGCAGUUCCGUCCUCUGCGUAAAUCCGCGUCGCACGAGAGUCUUCUGUCAGUGUCGGGGAUGGACAUUCACACUCUUCGCGACCGCCCUUCGCAGCUGCUGAUGGGCAUGGAUUCGAGAUAUUUUGCCCGGCGGCAUCAUCACAUUUUCUCUCCUAUCACCGGACUGACUUCUACUACUCCCGUGAUUUCUGCAACCAACAUCACAGCCGACAGGGGGUCUCUGUACAGCACGUCUCGCAAGUCACCGCACUCGCUUCUCGCAACGGUCGCUGCGAGUAGUGUGUCUGGUGGUUCGGGGGUUGCUAGCACAGAGGAGACCUCGACGCACGGACGAAGCACUCGCAGCAGUCCUGUCCCUAUACCCGGCAAAGCAGCCACGCUCGGCCGGCGCGUGGGAGGCUGGGUUCUGGGGAAAUGGGGCAUGGCACCGUCCUUCUCAACGGGGGACCUUCGAGCGCAGGCUGCGCUCAACGCGUCGAAUUCGGCCUCGACGACGACGUCGACAUCCACGGCAAAGUCCAAAACUGCCGGCACUGCCUCCGCUCCGCCGUCACGACCUCCAGGCGUCAACCAGAAGGGGCCGAUUCCGGGACUGCGCCCGCCAGCUCCCCCGCCGAGUUCAGUGCACGCCAGCAGUCUGGACGAGGAAUUGCUCAAGGAGAGUCUGAAAGAAUGA